ACACAAAUUAUUAUUCAAAGUAGUGUUUUAUAUACAUCUUAAAACAUGUCUGUAGGGGAAUUCUGACUACUUUUUUCUAUUACAACCUUUAGUCCACCUGGCGUGUUUGUGAUUGUAAACUCAAGUUAUAUACACAAAGUGCUGUAAACAUGUAUUUGUUUCAAUAAAAAUUAAUUUUUUUUUAAAAAUAUAUUAUAUUUUCUGGUUACCUUGUACUUCUGCGGCAAAUACAUGUCACACAGUAAUUUAGUAUACACGUAAAUACACGUUUAUUAAUAGCGCAGCGCGUGAGAGGUUGUAUUUCCUCGUGCACUUUGUUAACAUAUUUUGAGCAACGUUAGCUGCUACUCAGCAAAAAUAUUACCCAGUUCAAUCUGAACCCGCACAAACACACGUUAAUUAGUGUUGUUUCACACUUCUCUGAUAGGUCACAGCCGUAGAAAAUGAACUGGGUUGGGGGUUCAAGGAACCGCUUAAUGAUGAAGAAUGAUGCGAAAAAGCAGCGGGAGUUCUUUGAGAGGAGAAAAAUGCAACAGAAACUGCAAAACAUGGGGAUUGCUCUGCCAGAAUCCCCCAAGGGCGCUAGCUCUGGUAGUAUGGACCUGGUGACCCUGUUUGUUGUGAACCAGAUUGCUGCAAAGAAGGAAAACAAAGAUCCCCCUAAAGUAGCAGUUCUCAGCAGCUGUAAUCGCAGAUCCAAACAUAAGAGAAAUGAGCCACUGGUACUGCCAAUGAGCCCCUGCUCUCCCUCACAGCUGAGUCUGGUUGAAAGCCAACCUCAGUACAGCGUUCAAGGAACGAGAAAAAGAAAGCACGUCAUUCCACAAGGGUUCAAGUGUCAGCAGCUGUCACCGGUGCUUGAGUCAGCGUUCUCAGACAACAGUGCAUCUGACUACCUGCUGCCCAGAGCUGAUCUCCUCAGUCCGUUCUCCUCCACCUCAUCAGCCUCCUCAGGUCAAGGCCAACUCAAAUUGGUCUCUUCAGGAAUAUUCCCCUUGCAGCUGAAUCUCCAGCAGAGAGGCCAGACACAAGCACAGCCACCUCCCCACUGCUCCCCUCCGCCCUGGGACACCUCGGGACUGGAGCAGACUGAGUUUCAGCCUUUCUCUCAGCCCAGAGGUAUGACAGACGGUGUCUCCUGGUCCAGUGGAUCAAACCUGACCUUUUACCAACUGGAGACACCCACAGCAGCCCAAGUCCUGUUUGGAAGUCCAAAGCCAAAUAAGGCCAGGGACCGUGCAAGACGUGAAGUCACCUUCUCUCUAAACCAAGCGGGGGACAAGGACCCCAUCUUGGACUUCACUCUUAACCAGUCAGAAAGUGAGCAGCAGUUUGAGGAAGAUGUCUUUAGGGGCUUCAGCAAUGAAGAAUAUGAUAGAGAGGCUUCUCAUUUUGGGAGUGCAAAAACAAGGCUAUAUCUCAAAGAAGAAACACCAGUCAAAUCUUCAGCACCACAAACUGUCCCUGACUCACAGUGCAUGGGAGUGGAGCUCUCCAACUGCACUGACAUGAACUUUUCAUGCCUUGAACACAACAAUGGCUGCAUGAAUGGCUGUGAAUUUUCGCCAAGUUACUCUUGUAGAGGAGGUUACCUUAGUUCAGAUUCGAAUGAUGAUGAAGAAUUUUGUCAGUCGAUGGACCACACCUGCUGCACAGAUACUGUAAACCCAAACCUGGGCUCGGAGGGGAAUCCAACACACAGGCCUCUCACUCCACACAUAAAACCCCAAAAGAACACCGGAGAUUAUCAGAAAUGUAUGGAGAAUGACUUGAGAAGUGAUGGCACAGCUCAGUUUGUAUCUCCUCACUCUCAAACUCCAAUCUCAGAGCAAUGCAAAUGCGAGAAAACCUCCAAUGAAAUGCGAAACGCAGGAACUCAAACCGUCAACAUUUUCACAGUCGAGACAUGCGACGCUUCGACUCAGUGCAGUCUGGUAUUAGACAGCGUGAGCAAAGCCCCUGGGUUCAACUUGCACCUGCCAUCUGUUGACAUGUCAGUACAACAUUCAGCCACAGGGAGGCAGACUGGCUGCAUAGACGCUGCUGCAGAGUCAACUACACACACAGAUUCAUCAGCCAACUCCAGGAGUGGAGGGAACCAUACGCCCUGGAGCAAGACACAAUUCAAGGCUGGCUCCCUAUCAGGCAUAUUAAACAAAUUCACUGCAAACAUUAGUGAAGGCAAAGUGAUCCUGCAGAGACCCAUAAACCCCUUUGUAGAUGUUUUGAGCAUGACUGAAGGCAAAGGUGAGCAGGAUGGAGAGGGCAGAGAGGAGAGAGGGCAACAAGAAAACGGCCCUCUGAUGAAAGACUUCUCAGACGAAGUGAGGGAGGAGCUCACAUCUACCACCAGAGUUAACAGGCUCUCAGAAGAGGCAGAAACACUUCAGGAAAUAGCCGACAUUUUGCUCCUGCUGAAGCAGAGAAAGAGAGAGGGAUGAGAAAGAAGGAAGGUAGAUAGAUAGAUGAGGGCAGCUGGAAAUUAAGAAACAUGCCUGUUCUGAGCAUGUUGUUUUAAUUCAAAAGAUAAUUUAACAGUUCGUUUUAAAACCACAUAAAAUAUUCAGCAUUUGCUCUUAAUGUUAUGAUAGCGACAGUGAAAUAAAGCCCCAAAGCCGUAGUGA